AUGCGGAGGCUGCACGAGCUGAUGAGUCCCCCCGAGUAUGCGGUCCACUUCAAGCGGCUCUUUCGGCUUGCGGCCGAGUUCGGGGUGCGCCUUCUCCUUGACUUGCACGGGCUGCCCGGCUCCCAGAACGGAGAGAUGCACAGCGGCAUGCGCGAGAGCAGCAACAAAAGCACCUACGCUCGCGCCGAACGUGCCCACUUUGCGUCGGACGCCAACUGGAAGUUGGGCUGGCGAACGGUGGAGGCGAUGGUCAGCCUGUGCGCCUCUCUCCAGACGACGCCUCACCUGCGGGACGUGCUCUGGGGCGUCCAGAUCACAAACGAAAACAACCGGAUCGCCUUCCCCGCCUUCCGCCGCGGCGCGGGAGCCGCGCGCUCCGGCAGGCAUGCCGCACACGACCAACGAAAGACCGACUCAUAUGCCGAGUGCUAA